AUGCACCUCGUCCCAGAUGACGGCGCAGGCUUCUGCGGCGGUGAGCUGAGCAUGGCGGACCUGAGCCAGCAGACCUACGCCCUGAACGGGCAGCUGUCGCAGGACGGCAGCCACCGGUCCGCGCUCGCCUGCGACAGGCUGCAGGAGCCCCUCCGAGUGGAGUCGCCGCACCACCGGCAGUCCGAGGUGGCGGCCGUGGCGGCAGGGCAGCCGAUGCGGGUGCAGCAGUCGCCGCAGCUGUCCCCGCAGGCGGGUGCGGGCUUCAGACGCAGACCCGUCCCAGAUCCGAGGCAGGGCCCGUUCCAGGGAACACCGCACCUGAAGCCGCUCACGGCCCUGAACACGCCUGCCACAGGCAACAUCCAGACCCACGGCGCGUGCCCGGGCGCGGACGCCGCCUGCGCCGGGGGUGAGGAGGAGGCGGCGCUGCUCCAGCAGUCUUCGCGGCAGGCGAUUGCGCAGUCGAGCUCCUGCGACAUGUCUGGAUGCCAGGGCUGCAGCGGCGAGCAGUGCCAGCUGUGCCGUGACGACAAGGCGAAGGAAUGCUGCCUGGACCAGUUCUGCAAGGGCUGUUCUGGAGAGCAGUGCACCUACUGCCGCGAAGACCACAUGGCAGGGUGCUGCGCUGGCAAGCACCCAGGGACCCCUGGCUGCAGUGGGCCCAGUCCGACACCAUCGCCACCAGCUUGCGACACGUCUGGAUGCCAGGGCUGCAGCGGCGAGCAGUGUCAGCUUUGCGUGGACGAGAAGCAGAAGGAUUGCUGCCUCGACCAGGCCUGCAGGGGCUGCUCUGGAGAGCAAUGCACCUACUGCCGCGAAGACCACAUGGCAGGGUGCUGCGCUGGCAAGCACCCAGGGACCCCUGGCUGCAGUGGGCCCAGUCCGACACCAUCGCCACCAACUUGCGACACGUCUGGAUGCCAGGGCUGCAGCGGCGAGCAGUGCCAGCUUUGCGUGGACGAGAAGCAGAAGGAUUGCUGCCUCGACCAGGCCUGCAGGGGCUGCUCUGGAGAGCAGUGCACCUAUUGCCGCGAAGACCACAUGGCAGGGUGCUGCGCUGGCAAGCACCCAGGGACCCCUGGUUGCAGUGGGCCCAGUCCGACACCAUCGCCACCAACACCAUCGCCACCAUCGCCAACGCCAUCGCCAACACCAGCGCCAACGCCGCUGCCGCCGAACACGCUCGGCUGCACGGCAACGCCAGCGGGCACCUGUGGGAACCCAGACAUUUUGUGCUACUGGGAGCCGGACUGUGCGAACGGGGGGCUCUGCUGCAAGGCGGAUGGCAAGACAAACGAGUGCAAGUUCUGCGGUGUCGGCUCGUGCGGGGACUGUCCGUGA